UCCCAGGCUGACCGUGCUGCUGAAGAAUGAUGGGGAAAAUGUUAACGGCCUGAAAAAUACAAAUAGAUUAUAAAAAGCCGUUUCCUGACCUCCCGACGACAAUUAAAAUGUCUGGUAUACGAAGGAUAAACGGAAAAUAUCCAUCCAUGAGCCCUGCUGUUAGCUGUUCUCGUCUUCGGCAAGUGCAGGCUCUGCUCAGUGAUGGAAGUAAUGUCACGCCAGACGGCAUCCUGUGCUCUCUGGGUAUUGAUAGCAGGUAUAAUGGAGGUUGUAGUGAACUGGCCAACUAUCUAUUCUACGGACUAUAUAAAAAGAACCACCUGAAUAUGGAAAAUAUUCUGGAAGAGUUUCCAGAAGAAGUUCUCGAUGACGUGAUAGUACUGAUCAAGGCUGACAGUGUUCACCUGUACUGCAACCCUGUGAACUACAGCUACCUGCUGGCCUACAUCUCCCACUGGAGGAACCUCCAUCUCUACUGCAUGACGGAGGCAGAGUAUGAGGAUGAGGAGGCCGCAGAGGAGUUCAAGAUCUCCAGCUUUGUGAGCAUGGUGCAGGACUGCAGCCGGAUCGGAGUGCCGUACAGUUCCCGGGGACACAUCCAGAAGUUUGACAUGUUCAUGAUGGAGAAGUGGCCCAUCAUACAGGCAUUUGCUCUGGAUGGGAUUGGAGGCGGAAGCUUUUUCACCAUGAAAUAUAAGCUCAUGGACAUGAGUGAGAAGUUGUGGCAGAUCUACACCAGACUGGAUGCCGUCUCCCUGGAGACCCUCCUGACAGAGGACCUGGUCAACUUUGAGAAACAGUGGAGCAGCUUCUUCUCCAGCUUGGAUGUGGAGAGCCACCUGUCCAUCCUGGAGCUGUCUGAGUCCCAGGCCGGGGAGGCGUUCCGCAGCUACUUCUCCCAUGGCCUGAUCUCCAGCAACAUAGCAGACACCAGCCACAGCCGGCAGCCCCUGGUGUUGUUCGGAGGCCACUCCUCCAGGGAGAGUCUGGAGAGCUACUGCUUCAGCUUCCCGUCAGACGGCCACCAGGUCCGCAACACGGGCCCCGCGGGCUCCACGGCGCGCCACAUGGUCCUGCAGUGCGUGGCUCCCAGGGCCCCCCUCGCCUGCUCCCGGACCUACUUCUUUGGCUCCACACACACACCGUACCUAGGGAAGGACAGCGCGCAGCAGCCCAAGGCAGAGCUGCUGCUUCUGUCCCAGAUCUACUGUGCCGCGGUCCGCGCCGUCCUGGCCGCCAUCAGGACGUACUGCUGCUCCUCCAGCACUGACAAGGCGCAGGUUGUGGCAGAGCAAGUCUUCCUCCAGGCCCUGGACUCUCUGAACAUACCCCAGUACCGAAGCUCUCUCAGAUCUAGAAGGGUGUUUAGCAUCCAGGCUGUGAACAACGAAGGAAGACCUGUCCCUCUAAGUGACGGAGAGAGCCGGUUCCUGAUCAAAACGGCGUCCAUGACUGUGUACGACAUCCCAGACCUGCAAUGCUGCGGAGGAAACCUGGGAUCUGUAGUCUUCUCUGAGUCCUUCCUGGACUCUCGCAUCAAUAUCCAGGAGAAAGAUGGCAGUGUGUGCUCAGACAGCUGCUACAGCAUCCUGACGACCACGGUGCCUCGCUACAACUGCUGGCUGGUGGAGUCGGAUGUGAAGCACUCUGAACAAGCCCAGCUCCUGCUGCAGGGAGAUGAGAGCACCUGUCUGGGCAGCCGUCUGACCGGAGCAGAUCCAGCAUAUGUGUUCUCCUGCAGCCAGCUGUCCAGCCCUGAGGAAGGAAAGAUCAGCUUCUUCUCUGAGGGCCUUCUCUUCGUCCAUCCUCAGUACGGCAGCAUCACCCUGGCCAAGACCUUCAUCAGCACCAUCAAGUUCUACCAUGUGGACUCGAGCACGGUGGCCUCUCUGUUUGUGGAGUACGAGAGCGCUCUGCUGCCUCACCUUCCCUUCCCUCUGCACAGUGACGACUGCUGUCUGGUCUUCUCCCUGGAGCCCAGGACCAGGGGCUACAAGGACUUCUACUCCAAGGUGCUGUCGGUGUGGCAGGGCUGCGACUCUGCUCUGAAGCUGCUGCAGGUGGAGAGGGAUCAGCUCACCUGUGAGGAGAGGAACAUGCACUCCAGACUGCAGAGGCUCCAUGACAGUCACGCCCCCCCGGUAGCCAAGCGCAGAGGAAGCCUCAAGACCUCGCACUCUGAAGCCCCAGAGCAGGACAUGUUCCUUCAGCACUUUGCCCUGAGCAGUGUCGGUCAGGAGCCCAUACAGAACGACCACCUGGGGGCGCUGUUCCCCACAGCUGAGCCCCGGAACUCACUCACUGGCCAGGGGGACAAGGUGGUCAUAACCAUUCUAACUGGACUCCCAGGCAGCCACAAGAACCGUCUGAGCAACUACCUGGUCCACCUGAGCCAGGAGUGUGGGAGGUGGGUGGUGUACCAACCAGGCCCAGACAGCAGUGAGUCCUUCUCCGCUCUGCACCUCCACAGCUUCCUGUCCAACCUCCUGCAGAGCCAGAGAGGGUCUGGGGGCAAGCCCCGCCUACUGCUGCUCACCCCAGGAUACACAGAUGUUUUGGAGGUGGUCCAGGCUGUUCUUUCUCAUCCUGACCCCGUGGUCCGGGCAUGCUUCUCCAUCGGGGCGGUUACAGCCUGCGUUGACCCCCUCAGUUCCUUCAUGGAGCACAGGUAUGCGUUCCCCAAACUGCUGGAGCAAUGCAGCCAAGGCGUAGUGAGUACUGUUGUGUUCACGGGCCUGACGUCAGAACAGAAACACCCUCUCCUGCUGUACGUCCAGCAGCUCGUGCGCUCGGCUAAUCCCAGCGCUGCCUUCAUCCUCGCCCAAGGAGGUGCCGUCACCCGGAACGAGGACGUGAAGCUGAUCCUGUCUGAAAGCAGCUUCUCUGAGGCUCAGAUGCUGAGAGCUCGAUACCUGCUCUUCCCUGGCUGGUGUAAGGGGAGGUUCAGUUCAGGCUCUGGCUCCAUGUCUAUGACCCAGCAGUGUGUGGUGUUCGUGCGUCCCCUGGAGAGGACUGUGUUCUUGGCCCGCUGCAGAGAGUUAAAGUCUUCCCUGAGACCCAACCCCUUCAGAGGAAACAUCUACAACAUCCUGGGGAAAGUCCGAUUCUCUGACUCCGAGAAGGUGAUGGAGGUGAGCUACAGCGCUGUGACCGGGAUGCUGAGCAUCAUCCCCCAGCAGAGCGCCAGCCACAGCGACCUGCCGCCACAGCACCAGGAGCCAACCGGCUGCCUCCUGCUCUUCUCAGGGGUGGGGCUUUCUCAGGAGGGCCUGAAGGAUUGGCUGCGUCUGUGUGUCAAGCAGAAGGAGGUGAGGAAGAUGAAGAAGACUUACAGCAGCCUGACUCCCCAGGAGAUCAACGCCAUCCAUGUGAGAAGACACCUGGAGCCUCUGCCUCCGGGAUACUUCUACAACGGGCACCAGUACGUCGACAUCUUUGGAGAGAAAAUGAACUGCCAUCCUCGUAUGGAGGAGUUCAUCAAUGACUACAUCACAGAGGCCAACCAGGCGAUCGAGAUGUUCAACCAGCAGCUGGAGCAGCAGAGGCUGGGGGACCUGUUCGACCCCUAGACGCCCCCCGCCGCCCUCCUGCCCCCAGCCUGCAUGUCCAUCCAUAGGCUGGUCCAGGGAGGGGGU